AUGACCGUGGCUCGCGCAGCAUGUAGAGGAUGGGACAUCUUUCAGCUUGAUGUCAAAUCUGCGUUUUUUUAUGGUGAAUUAAACGAGAACGUAUACGUUGAGCAACCAAAAGGGUUUGUGCAGAAAGGAGAAGAGCAUAAGGUUUACAAGUUGCAUAAAGCCUUGUAUGGCUUAAAACAAGCACCACGAGCAUGGUUCAGUCGUAUAGAAUCCCAUUUCAUGAAGGAAGGUUUUCAAAUAUGUCCAAAUGAACAAUCCUUGUUCAUCAAAAGAAGUACACGAGGUUGUAUAUUAAUCGUUAGCAUUUAUGUCGAUGAUUUGAUUUACACAGGUGAUGACGAGGUCAUGAUGAUUGAGUUCAAAAAGUCUAUGAUGCAAGAUUUUGACAUGACUGAUUUGGGCAAGAUGAAAUUCUUUCUUGGCAUAGAAAUUAUGCAGAAAUUAGAAGGGAUUUUUGUGUGUCAAAAGAAAUAUGUCACUGAUAUUUUAAAGAAGUUUACAAUGUCUGACAGCAAGCCUGUGAAUAGUCCAAUUGUUCCAGGUUUUAAGAUUAACAGAGAUGUUAAUGGUACAGCUGUGGAUGACACUUACUUCAAGCAAAUAGUUGGAAGUCUGAUGUAUCUAACAACUACAAGACCAGAUAUCAUGUUUAGUGUGAGCUUAAUUAGUAGAUAUAUGUCAAAACCAACAGAAUUGCAUUUACAAGCUGCGAAACGAAUAUUACGUUAUUUGAAAGGAACUGUUAGCUAUGGGAUUUUCUACAAGAAGGGAGGGGAAGAAGAAUUGCUUGCUUUCACGGAUUCUGAUUAUGAUGGAGAUGAAGAAGAUUCUAAAAGCACCUCGGGGUAUGUUUUUUUAUUAAGUUCAGGAGCAGUAUCAUGGAUGUCCAAAAAGCAACCAAUUGUUACUCUUUCAACUACUGAAGCCGAGUUUGUUGUUGCUGCUGCAAGUGCUUGUCAAGCUGUAUGGAUGAGAAGGGUUUUGAGAAACUUAAGUCAUGUUCAAGAAGGAAGUACUGUUAUCAUGUGCGAUAAUAGCUCAACAAUUAAACUAUCAAAAAAUCUGGUAAACUAUCAGGGAGCGUUUUCAUUUUUUAAGAGAUCUUGUAAAGGAUGGCGAAGUCGAAUUGGUGCACUGUGCAACUCAGGAGCAGGUGGCAGAUUUGAUGACUAA